AUGGGAAUAGAAGUAAGCUUCAUCUCCCUUCUUGGGAAAAGGUUUGUCUCCCUAAAAAGCUGGGUGGUAUUGGUUUUCGUGAAGGAUAUGAGUUGGUAUUUUAAGAAAUUGUUGAGGCUGAGACAAGUUAUUGAUGAGGGUUUCUUGAAGCAAGCUGUUAAGGGAGUUGGGUUUGCUGAUACUGUGUGGAACAAACUUAUAGUGCCCAAGCAUAGAUUCAUAUACUGGCAGAUUUUCAACAAUCAACUGCUUACUAGAGAUCAUUUGAGUCGGUUCUUGCAUCUAUCCUCUGCUCUCUGCCCUGUUUGUGAGUCUGGAUUAGAAUCUCACAGCCAUUUGUUCAUGGAUUGCAUUUAUUCCAGGAAAGUGUUUGAGGAAAUUGGUAGUUGGCUGGGUUAUUUCCAUUGGCCUGAAUCGUAUGAGGAGCUUAAUCUUUGGUGCUUGGAAGCUAAUCAAGAUCUGAAGAACCAGAUUGUUAAUGCAGUGUUAUCUGCUUCCUGUUAUUUUAUUUGGAGCAACAGGAACAGCUGUAUUUUUGACUCAGUUUGUAAAUUGGCCAGUAGCAUUAGUUUGGACAUCAAGGAAUUAGUUAAGUAUAGAGUUUUGGGCUUGGGUUCUCCUUCUCAUAGAAAAAGGGACUUGUAUUUUCGUAAGGUUGUAGAGGGCUGGUAG